UUCAUCCUUCUUUCUAGCCCGCUAUUCUCCUUGCACGCUCUCUGUGUUUCGUCUCUAGAUUUUUCUGUUGAUGGUUGCCUGGUUGGAGAAAGCUAGAUCAUGAACUGUGCAAUUGAUUAAUUCUCUUAAAAAAUCGGUUUUCUUCAUCUAUACCUCUAUAGUUCUAUUUUCGCGUCCUUGUUAAGAAAACUGCUUAGGUACUUUUUUGUGCUUGACUCUGUUGAUUCUGCUAUACAUCUGGAAAGAAAAAGAGUAAUUGAAAACUUAUAAAAAGAUUUGUUGGGCUACAAAUACAAUCCAUGGACUAUUUUACAUGGUUGAGGUGUAGCCAUCUAAACCCCCAAGUUAAUGCAUUUAGUUUCCAUUGAUCUCUAUAUUAUUUACUAUAGUUUUCCUUCUAAAACAGAUAUGGGUUACUUGUUCUUAACUUUUAUCCUUGUAUAUAUUUAGAAUUUAUAUCACGUAUGCAGACAGAUUUUAAACUUCGCGAUUACUAGUUUCUUUGAUAGAAGAAAUCAUUUGUUGAUUAGGGUGAAUAAGGGUUGGAGACUGACAAUUUGAAGGCAGGAGAAAAGCAUUGGAAUUUUGUGCAAACCGGUUAAAAAGCAUCAGAUCCGGGGAACCCAAAAUACGAACUUAAGCUUUUCGAAAGAAGCUUCGGAUUUAGGAGUCGCAUCUUUACAACUGGCUGAUAACUCAUUCCUUCAUUGAUGGCUGAAGAAACGGCACCAGGGCAACCACUUCCUCCCACAGUGAGCUCGCAUAUAGAAGCUGAAGAAACGGCACGAGGGCAACCAAUUCCUCCCACAGUGAGCUCUCUUUUCCAUCUUUAUUUGGAGGUAACGUGCAAAAGUUCUGGUAAGACUCGUCGAUUUGCGGCAGGAAUCGAUGCUGGAUCUGCGGUGUCUUUGAUUAAUAGGAAGUUGAAGUCAAGGAGUGCACGUGCUUUGCAUAUAGAAGCUGUUAAAGAAGGCGAAGAGCCCAUUGCUUUUGGCCCUAAUUCAGUUCUAGUUGAUUAUGGGGAUGGCUGGAAGUUGCUGACAUUUACAGAAGCUGAUGAAGUUUUGAUUGAAAAUAAUUUUGAACCAGUGCCAUUGCCAAUUCCAAUGCGGACACCAGUUUCAGGUGGCUUGCCUCCUAGAAGGAAGGUGUCCAAGCCAAUCAGCUUUUUAUACUUGGUUAAGAUAGUGCUUGCGUUUAUUUUUAUUUUUGCACUUGGUGCAAUUUUGACUUUGGCUCUUGAAAAUCUUCCUGCACUGAUAUUACUUGUAAAGUCAUCAAUUUAGACCAAUUCAUAUGUAUUAUGAUUGAUUGUGAAUAAAAGGGGUCCAUCUCCUGCCGACUGUUGUGAAAA